UCUUGUUUUAUAAAAUAAAAAAAAAAAUUUGUUUGAUGUUUUUUUUAUAUCAAUGUCAACAAUGUUAACUAAAAUUACAAACUUGUUGGUGGGUAUUCAAUGAUUUGUGUAAAUGGUAAAAGUUAGAAAGUGGGUAUUUGGAUAAAUCUUUAUCAAAAGUGCUCAAAAACAUACUUUUUUGGGCACUGAUUUUGGAGAAAAGUUACUACAUUUUCUUGUUUUAGAACUUUCUUGUAAAACAAAGUUGAGUCUGUUGGUGGGUCUAUCAUGUUACAAAUAUAAAUUUGGUAACUGGGUUCUUUCAUAUUUGGUAAAAUUUUGCUCUUUUUGGGCACAUACAGAGUGAAAGAAAUAUAUAUAGCUUUCUUUUUGGUUGAUUUUGCUGGUUUCCUAACUAACAAUGAAGAGGCAAAAAAGUAGCAAAGGGGUUAGAGAUAAUAGUCUUGGAGAGAGAAUUGUACUAAUUGUUGUGAAAGCAUCAAGAGAAAUUUCAAGUAAUGCUUUGGUUUGGGCUUUGACUCAUGUUGUUCAGCCUGGUGAUUGUGCUAAGCUGCUGGUGGUCAUCCCUGCUCACACUUCAAGUCAUAAGUUAUGGAAAUUUUCAAAAUUCAACAGCGAUUGCACCACCGCGCAAUGGAAAUCUCUUUCGGGUGACGUUAGAGAUCAGAAGGAAGAUAUUACCGAAUCAUGCUCUCAAAUGAUGCUUCGGCUUCAUGAUAUGUAUGAUUCAGAUAAGAUAAAGAUGAAAAUCAAAGUCAUUUGUGGCACUGCGCGUGGGGUGGUGGCUGCAGAAGCUAAGAAAGCCCAAACACAAUGGGUUGUUUUGGAUAAGCACCUGAAGAAAGAGGCAAAAGUAUGCAUCGAGGAGCUAGAAUGCAAUGUUGUUGUGAUGAAAAAGUCCGGGCCAAAAGUACUUCGCCUGAAUUUAGUCGGAUCACCAACAAAAGAAUACGAAAAUAAUUUAACUUCUUGUUUAGAGACUCUUAAUGAUUGUUUCAAAGAAAAUGAAACUAUUUGGAAUACAACUAAAGUUCCCAAUGUAACCCCUGUAAGCAGUCCAGAACAUUCAUCAUUCACCACAACCGGACACAAAACGUCUUCAUUAUCAAGUUCUGAGCUUGGUUUAUCUCCAUUUUUGGUAGCUGAUCAUGAUUGGGACACAAAGAAAGAUGACUUUCUCGAUGAGUCUGAUUCUGAUUUGGAUAGUGAAGACUUGAGUUCAUCACCAUCAACGAGCUUAUGUUCACCAUGGAUGGCCGAUGUUCUUAGCUCUUCUGAUGAGUUUUCGAAAACCUCUAUGGAAAAACGCUUGAAAGUAAAUGUAAAACUUUACAACAAUCCAAUUACAGAUGCACUACGUUUAAAAUUCUCAGAGCUGGAUCUCCGGCUCGAAAACUCAACCAAGAAUGUCAGGGAGAUGAUUCCAGCAAUAAGACACCUGCCUCCAAAAUCCCCACCGCUUUGUACAAUCUGUCAGCACAAAGCACCAGUGUUUGGAAAACCUCCAAAAUGGUUCAGUUUUACGGAGCUUAAAGAUGCUACAGACGGGUUUUCAGAAGCUAACUUUUUGGCAGAAGGUGGGUAUGGGUCAGUUCACCGAGGGGUACUGAAAGAUGGUCGAAUGGUUGCAGUUAAACAGCAUAAGAUUGCUAGUUCGCAAGGCGAUAAUGAGUUUUUUUCGGAAGUUGAGGUUUUAAGCUGUGCACAGCAUCGGAAUGUUGUGAUGUUAAUCGGAUUUUGUGUGGAAGAUGGACGGCGGUUGCUUGUUUAUGAAUACAUUUGCAAUGGGUCUUUAGAUUCUCACCUUUACGGAUACGAUCAUGGGCUGUUGGAAUGGUCUGCACGACAAAAGAUUGCUAUUGGAGCUGCUCGAGGGCUAAGAUACCUACAUGAAGAAUGCAGAGUAGGUUGUAUAGUUCAUCGUGAUAUGCGUCCAAACAACAUUCUACUAACUCAUGAUUUUGAAGCUUUGGUUGGAGAUUUUGGACUUGCAAGGUGGCAACCAGAUGGGGAGACGGGUGUGGAAACAAGAAUAAUUGGAACAUUUGGUUACUUGGCUCCGGAAUAUGCUCAAAGUGGAGAAAUUACCGAAAAGGCUGAUGUGUAUUCAUUUGGGGUAGUGUUGGUUGAGCUCAUUACAGGACGAAAAGCUGUUGAUAUAAACCAGCCAAAGGGCCAACAAUAUCUUACUGAAUGGGCACGGCCAUUGCUUGAAGAAAAUGCCAUCACUGAGUUGAUAGACCCACGGUUAAGAGAUAUAUACUCUGAGCCUGAGGUUCAGUGCAUGUCGCAUUGUGCCUCAUUGUGUAUCAGACGUGACCCACAUUUGAGACCUCGGAUGUCUCAGGUGCUUUGGAUGUUGGAAAAUGAUGAUAUCAAGUGAUCAAAAUGCACUCCAGGCACUUGGUGUGAUCCCGGCGACCAUUUUCUAGCCAGGCGUAUGUCGGAACAUCAUGCUUGCUGUAUUGAGUACAAAUUGUCCAUGGUUCUUUGAAGUCCUUUUACGCAUCUAUCGCAAUACUUGUACAUAUACAUAUUUUAUUAUUUUUUUAUCCAAUAAAAUAAAUAUUUUUUUGCUGUGAAAA